AUGCCCAAAGCUGAUCUAACUGAGGAGAUUUGGAGAUUACAAGCAGCACUCAGUGAGCAAACAGAGAUCACAAAGAUUAGCCAGGAGGAGUGUGAGAGGCUUCAAAAUGAAAAGAUCCUGUGUAGGGUUUGCUUUGAAGAACAGAUAAAUGUUGUGUUGCUCCCUUGUAGGCAUCACAUCCUUUGCAGCUCCUGCUGUGAGAAGUGUAAAAGGUGCCCCAUCUGCCGUGUUGCUAUUGAGGAGCGCUUGCCUGUAUAUGAUGCCUAG